GUCCUACUCACAGAACGGAAAGACGAAUUCCCGGUCAGUGAGAAAGUGGCUCUUCAGCUUGCAGGCUUGCAAGCUCAAGUAGCAUUGGGAGAUCCAUCUAAUCAGCCGAAGCCAGAAUAUUAUUCGGAUAUAAAUAGCUUCUUACCAAAUAGAAUAUCAAAAACAAGAGAGCAACAAUUUUGGAUACCAAUUUUAGCACAAGCCCACCGACAAUACGGAUCAUCCAGAAAAGAGCUAACCGCUAAAGUUUUAUACCUAAGUUGUGUAAUGCAGUAUCCUCUUUAUGGCACAACAAUGUAUGCAGUUACAUACAAAGGCUAUUGGAAUUUCGUUAAUAACAUAUAUCUGGCAGUUCAUUGUGAUGGAAUAAUGUUUGUUCAACCUGAAGACAAAUUUAUUAUUCACCAAUUUAAGUACAUAGAUAUUGAAUCCAUUAUGUUAGAUCCCAGUGACAGUUUUAUAACAAUAUCACUGAAUAGAAAUAUGCAUCAGCUAAACAAGAAUUUCUCUGAUAAGAUAUCUCUGAUUGAUACCCAAAAAUGUUUUGUUUUUGAAACAACACAAAAAAAUGAAAUUGGAUCUUUAAUUAUAUCGUAUUUCCCUGCUUUAUCAAAUUGGAUUUUAAACAUUGCGGAGUGCUCAAAAAAAAUUAAGAGAACAACCAAUGAAGACAGAUUGAGAUUGUAUCAAAAUGUUGUUACCUGCAGGCGUCAAUUAGUGGAUAUGAACUUAGUUAAAAAGCCUCAGGAGUUGGGUGGAUUUUUAAAAAACACUCUAAGACGUCUAUCCAAACAUCGUAUAGAAAAAUUGAGAACAGAACAGGGUGCCAGCCUGCAAGACCAUGGUGAAACAUAUAAAGGAUUUUCGCAUUCCUUUUGGGCAUUUAGUAAACUGCAAAUUCCAUUUUGUUUAAGUACACUUUGUGACCAAGAUGAGGGCGUGAUGGUACAAAUAUUUUAUUCUAUAUUAACAUAUUCUGGACUUGGAACUUCUGGCGAAACAAUAAAACGGGCUGAGGAUGAACAUAUUCCAAUAGUACAAUCAAUAUUGGAGAAAUGUAUGAAAAAAGAGUCUUUGUUAAAUGAACUUUAUCUUCAAUUAAUUAAGCAGACAACGGAUCAUCCAGAUGUUAACUCAAGAAUAAAUUUAAAAAACUGGGCGCUUUUAUCCGUUGUAUGCAGUAUUAUUUUACCAUCCUUGAAAUCUAUUCGAAAGUACCUAAUUGCUCAUUUAAAACGAUGCGCUAGUGAUUAUUUAUCUGAGGAGGGUAAAUACGCAAGAUUUGCCGAAAACUGUUUUUUUAGAACCCAAGGAACAAGAAGGCGUCAGUGGACACCAUGCACCGAUGAAAUUUUAUGUACAACUAACCGAAGACCUUGUUAUUCAAAAUUUUACUUUAUGGAUGGUCGUUAUUAUUCUAUCGAAUUUCAACCAAGUUCUUCAGCAAAUGAUGUAAUGGAAAUUAUAAAGAAAACUAUUGGACUACAAGAUAAUUCUAAGGGAUAUGCGAUUUACGAAGUUAUUGGAAAUUCAGAAAGAAGUCUUUUAUCGGAAGAAAAUGUGUGUGAUGUUAUGGCAAAAUGGGAAAAGUAUCAAACAACCCCACAACAAGGAACUUUUAAUCAGCAGUAUAUUCCGGGAAGUGUGCGCCAGAAUCAAUAUAUGUUCCUAUUUAAAAAACAUUUAUUUGUUGACAAUUACAUGAACUUGGAUGAUACAGUUGAAAAGGAACUUUUAUAUCAUCAAGUUCUACAUAGUUUGCGAAGUGAAAGGUAUCCAAUAACUGAAAUGGAAGCUAUUAUGUUAACGGCUCUUCAAGGCCAACUGGAGCUUGGUGACUGUUGCGAAAUCCUAAAUGAUUACAGGGCUAUAGCAGGCCAUUGCUUACCACCCCGAUUUGUACCAAAUAUUCCACAUGAUGCCGUGGCUAUGCAUCAUCAGAGUCUUAAAGGGAUGUUACCAGCAGAAGCAAAGAAAGCCUUCCUCAAUUUAAUACAUAGUUGGCCUCUUCAUCGUGCUACUAUUUUUGAUGUCAUGCAAAGUUUUACUUCGAACUGGCCGAGAUUACUUUGGUUAGCAAUCGACCAAAAAGGCAUUCAUUUACUGGAGCAUCGUUCAAGGAAUAUUUUAUGUACUCACGACUACGACUCAAUAAUAUCAUUUUCGCCCAAUUUAAAUUCCUUAAUGAUAUUUACGGGAACGGAAAAGAAACAAUCGAAAGUGAUAUUAAGUACUUCUCAGGCUUUUCAUAUAGCAACGCUUAUAAGGGAAUAUUCAGCAGUAUCAAAAGCCACAAAAUAAUUUAAGCCUCAAACACGAAUCCUGAAGUGUAAAAACCAUUUAACAAUAAAAAUAUUUAUCAUGACA